AUGCCGCAACUGACGAACAUGAUGCUUGCCUGGGGAAACGUGGCUCGGAUGGUAGAGUACGUCGCCUCCGCAAACUUCAGUUUAAUGGCACUGUGCAAAUUAGUUGGUACUUGGUAUCACGGUGAAACACUUCGAACGCUGAUGAUAUCAAUCGUGACCGAUUGGAUGACUUCGACAAACAACCGGGAACGAAAUACAAUGUUAAAUAUAGCGAAACGUGGCAGAGCCCUAUCUGUUAGAUGUUUUGUGACCAUGACGGGUACAGUCACGUUUUACAUAUCUCUCAACCUCCUGAAAUUCUAUCGAAAUGUACAUCAACCUCAAAGGAAUCUCGUGUAUCGAUUUUCCUAUCCUUACAAUACUCAAAAUACUCCGAACUACGAAAUAACUUUUUUCACUCAACUUUCCGGCGGCAUGUACUCGGCUAUGAUCAAUUGUACCAUCGACACUUUUGUCUCGAUACUUGUGCUACACAUAUGCGCACAGUUGAUAAAUUUACGAAUGGCACUCAACAAUCUGGUCGACGAGCUAGCCAAAGGAUCUAUAUCUUCCUCGAGAUUUAAGAAAGGCUUAAUUAUGAUUACUAUGCGUCACGAACAUCUUAUCAGGAACGCAAAUACAGUCGAUGAAUGUUAUAGCGCAGUGUUAUUUGUGCACAUGUUAGCUGCUACUUUUCAGCUGUGUUUUGAAAGUUUUCAAGUUUUCACGAUAGUAACAAGUCAUGUGGAUGUACCUAUUAUCAAAAUGGCCUUUCUCUCGUUUUACUUCACUCUUGUAUUGACGCAUUUGUAUUUUUAUUGUUAUUCAGCUGAAAGACUUUUAACAGAGCCUCAACGGAAUCUCGUCUAUCGAUUAGAAAUCAUUCAAAACAGUCCGAACUACGAAAUCACCUAUAUUAUUCAACUUUUCGGCGGUGCAUAUGCAGUUUUCGCUAACUACACGAUCGAUAGUUUUGUCUCGGUACUUGUGCUGCACGUAUGCUCGCAACUCAUAAAUCUGAGGAUAACAAUCAACAAUCUGGUGAACGAAUUAGCUAACAACUCUAUAUCUUCUUCAAGAAAAGAGAGAUUUAAGAAAAGUUUAGCAGCAAUUGUAAUACGACAUGAACAUCUUAUCAGGAACGCAAAGACAAUCGACUGCUGCUACAGCUCAGUAUUAUUUAUGAACCUAUUAAUAACUACUCUUCAAAUGUGUUUUAUAGCUUUUCAGAUUUUUACGCUCACAAAUCUGCGGACGACAUUGAACAAUCUAGUGAACGAAAUAACUAACGAUUCGAUAUCUAAAGAGAGCUUUAAGAAAGGUUUAGCUGCGAUUGUUGUACGACAUGAGUAUCUCAUCAGUAAUGCAAAGACGAUCGACAGCUGCUACAGUUCAUUAUUAUUUAUGAACAUAUUUUUCGCCAUUCUUCAAAUGUGUUUUAUAGCUUUUCAGAUUUUUACGAGCACCAAUAUGGCGUACGGCGUUUAUGAAUGCAAGUGGUACAACCUACCGUCGAAAGAUGCAAAAGACUUAAUGUUCAUUGUAUAUCGAUCUAAAAUUCCUCUUAAACUGACAGCUGGAAAAUUCGGCAUCUUUUCAAUAGAGAUGUUUGGAUCAAGUCCGAACUACGAAAUCACCUAUUUUAUUCAACUUUUCGGUGCAAUGUAUACAGCUUUUGCUAAUAGCACUAUUGACAGCUUUAUCUCGGUGCUUGUACUACAAGUGUGUGCGCAACUGAUAAAUCUGCGAACGAUGCUGAAUAAUUUGGUAAACAAAUUAGCCAACAAAUCUAUAUCAUCCUUAACAUUUAGGGAAGGUUUAGCUGCGAUCAUCGUACGACAUGAUCAUCUCAUCAGGUAUGUCUUAGAAUCUCUACAUUACUUGACAUUGCAGUGA